CAACUAUUGAAACAACGAUGCCUUAUUUUGAUACAAAUUUUUCAUUUUAAUCCAAUCUUGAUUAUGCAUGAGUUCGGAUUCGGAUUUUGACCAUCGAGUGCGACAGUUCACAGAGACUGUAAUCUGUGGUCAGUCUGGAUAGUGAAUUACAGCAUGAUGUAAAUUUGCAGGUUACCGAACAUUUCACUAUGGAUGUGGAUAAUAGUAGUUUAACUAAGAGGAAAUUGCUAACUGAGGAAGUUACUGAAGUUGAUAGACAAGCUAAGGCUCAUAAGAUUGCAGAUCCACAGCAACACAGUUCUCCUAAUAUCAGGUGAAGCAUGUCUCAUCGCAGCGUCAUCUCCGAAUUGGCUGUCGGUGCCUAUUUAAUGUGAGAUACGUCGUACAGAGAUUUUUGAAAAAUGCAGAAAAUUUUAUGGCGGUCGCAGUGCCCGCAUCAGCUCUGUGCCAGCCUCCGAGCCCAGCCGUCGCACCGCAUGUCGGCCGGCGCGAGCUCGGCCAGCGAGCCGGAUGAGGGAGCCGCCCCCGAGCGCAAGCCGGGCGCUCGGAAGAGAACACUGCGGGUCACCACACCUCCGCUCCCUGAGAGCGUUGUGAAGGAGAUGAAGACGGCGGUGGGUGUCCACCUGGGCGGGAACGCUGUGAGCUGGGCCAGGCUGGACCGCGGCGGCUCGCUGCUGGCCUGGGACUCUGUGGAUCUCGCGGCCAGCACCCGGAGGGCACACCCCACCAAGCUGUUCCAGCAAGCGAUGGAGAUGAAGCAGUUGCUGCCGCCCGGGGACGUGUACGUGCUGGAGGACCGCGCGUCGGGCGGCCACCAAUCACAGCAGCAGCAGGCGUCGCUGCAGUCCGGCUCCCAGCAGCUGUCGGCGAUGCUGCUGACGCUCAUCAACCUGGACUCUGCCCCCGCCGGUGGAGCCGUGGACGGGCUGUUCAAGCAACGAGUGUACUUCCUGCGCGCCCGGCUGUCGGCGCGCCUGUUCCGCACCAUGGUGGGCUCGGAGCGCGUGUCGGCGCGGUCCGUGGUCGAAGACAUGCUCUCCCCCGGGGGGGCGGCCUCCUCGUCGGGGCCCCACCGCCCCGCCGUGUUGGCGCCGCCCGCCCUGGUGCACGGCUACCGGUCCAGCGCCGACGCGCGGCAGGAGAACCUCUGCCGCGCCCUGCUGCUUACCAUGACCUUCCUGGAGCUGGCGGUGAGGAGGAACCCGGAGGCCAUCAGCUACGUGAGCGGCCAGCCCAAGUAGUGGACUUACACGUCUCCUGUGUAACACAUAAAUAAAAUACCUUUCUGCAAACCGAUACAA